UUAUGCAAAGUAUUAAGUAUGUGUAUAUAAUAUAUGUUAGAUAUAUGACUAAUUACUUAACUGGUUAAUUUGGUUUGACUGGUUAGGAGUGUCUGAAACCAAACCAAACCACCUAAACCAAACAAGCUAAAAACUUUAACCAAACCAAACCAAUUAUCCAAAUUAACCAAACCAAAUUAUCCAAAUAGUACUGGUUAAAACGGUUACCAUGGUAACCAAACCGUUUGAACACCCCUACCGCCGACACGUCUUCCUCCAACCCGUUCUAGCUCACGCCCUAGCUCUUUAAUAGUAAAGAAACAGCGGCAAAAGGUUCAGGGCGUUGGCGGUUUCAAUCUUUCGGGUCUUACAGAAGAUUAUCCUUCGUGGAAAAGGCAGUGAAAGGAUGAAGCGGGUGUGUGAAGCGAGUGCCGAUAGAAUUACCAACCUUCCCGAGGAUGUGUUACAUCGGGUUCUGGUGUUUUUACCCAUCAAAGACGCUGCCAAAACUAGUGUACUAUCAACAAAGUGGAGGCAUCAUUGGAGAAGUAUUCCCGAACUUGUGUUUGAUAGUAGGUUCGCCAUCAAAUCGGGUGGAUUUAACACAACUGAGAUGCGGAGCAAGUUAAUGUUCUACAUUUUCAAAGCUCUGCUGCUCCAUGAUGGCCCAAUAGCAAAGUUUGUGCUUUCAUUUCCCGGAUUAAGUCCCCGCUAUGGGAAUGAGAUUGAUGAAGUCCUUCUCUAUCUUUCUCACAGAGGUCUGCAGGAGUUGAAGCUUUCCUGUGCUGCUUUUCAUGACAAGAAAUACAAGUUGCAUUCUUCUUUGUUUUCUUGUCUUCAACUGAAGCUGCUGAAGCUUCGGCAUUGCGAAUUUAGACAACCAUCAUGGUUUGUGGGUUUUAGUAAGCUUACGGUUCUCUUCUUGUCAGAUGUAACUCUGCCCUCUGAUUUCUGUGAGAAUUUCCUUCUCAAGUGCCCGAUGCUUAAAUCCUUAAGGCUUACAAACUGUGAUGGUCCGAGUAAUCUUAACAUUGUGGCUCCAUGUCUCGAACGGUUCUGUUUCACGUACAGGGAUUUACAGAAAAUCUGCUUCAACUGUACUCCUGUUUUAGUUAGUCUCAGGCUAUGCAGAAACUUCGAAAAGACUGCAGAUAUGGUAGCUUUACUUGCUUCUAUCACAGAACUCCAAGAAUUUCGUGUAGACUUUCAACUCCCACAACACCUUACUGUAGGUGAUAGUGAUGUUCCCAUCAGGCUUCCUACUCCUCUUCACCGGUUAAAACUCCUCCAUACCAGGAACCUUGACUUCAGUAGCUUGGAGACGGCGCAUUUUCUUGUUUGUUUGAUCAUCGGUUCCCCCAACUUGCGUGAGCUAACAAUUAAGCUGGACCCUAGUCAACAAAACCAGCCCGCAACUAAUAAUGCGGCAACAUUCAUUGUAAGCCUGUUGGAAGCAGAGUCCCGCCAAGGAUCUGGUAGUUGUUGUUUGCAGCAGCUUAGAGAGUUCAGAAUCGAGGAAUGCCUUGGUACACAGAUGGAGCUGGACCUUGUGAAGUUCGUGUUAGCCACCGCUCCAAUACUUAAGAGGAUUUACAUUCCUCGUUUGCAUAAACUGUCGUCUGAAAAGGUUAUUGAAUUCAUGAAGGAAGUGAAGAGAUAUAGGCGGAUCUCUAAAGAUGUAGAGGUCAUAUAUGACUCAAAAUGACAGAUAUCUUCCGUUGCUUGCGAGGAAGAGGGGCAGGAGCUAUUUGAUAUUUUCAUUUUAACUGUUGGGUUGAUCUGUUGGAUGUAGCAGCAAUCAGUGAAAACAGAAGGCUAAACUUCAUUUUGUGGAGGUGAAUAAAUCCACUACGACUUAUUA